AUAGAAUGCCGCUUGCACUUGGGAUCCACUAUGCGAUGGGCGUCAGCGCUUAUCGCCUCCAGCUGUCGCUUCAAACUCAACGACCUUGAGUUUAACUUGUGUCCCCUGCUCAACAAACCUGGGACUGAAUUAGAUAUUUCUUUUUCCCAGCUUACGCCGCCGACAAAUACUUCUUAUCGCUAUACGUUGGGUUUGGGAACGCCUAUACAGCGCGAUGUAACACUGCCAGCAGACUUGCAGUGUGAGGAAGGCACAUACCUGUGCUUGGUUGUCCUCAAUACUCGGCCAAACCAUCCAUCCGAACCAGCAAGAUACCUUCAGGUGGUACCCAUUGCAACGACAACCAGUUUAAAUCCCAAAGCCAAACUACUUGAGAAAGCUCUUCCGGGCGAUCUUCAUGAGCCGAUGCAACUCACCCUUCAUGGUGGGCUGUACAACGGACUAUCGCAGAAAGCUGCAUUUAUCUUCCACUGUGACCAUGCGAUAGAAGAGCCAUCGUCUCCUCAAUUUUCCUGGCAAUUCAAUGGAACACACACGUUCUCCUGGAGGACUUCACAUGCAUGUCCUCUCAAUUUCCCGCACGGCUCUCCCAGCCAGCCUAUCGAGGACCAACCUGAUCCUGAUCCGCCAGCACGACCUCCUCCCGAUCCAGAUGCCGACAACCCACCGCAUCGAGGAUCUUCCCAUCUGGCACUGUUUUACGUCCUCAUGUGUGCUUCUGUUAUAUACAUACUCCUACGCUACAUUUUACCCAGCCAUUCCCGCUCAAGACACAUCUCCUCUUUCCAAUCAUUCAUGACGUUGCGUCGAGGGAGGAGGAAACCCGCAAAGAGUUUCAGGCCUCCCGCCGAGAGUCUCGUUCAGUGGGCCGAGGAAGAACAGCUUGAUGACUACGAAAUCGAUGAUAGCACACCUCUGACGCCUACUUUCAAAAGAGCAUUCACCGCAUCUAGUCAAUACGGUAGUGCAGGAUAG